GACAAAACACAGCUUCUUCGUCUCUAACUGUGUUCCAUUUUCAAAGCUCGAUUGAAACUUGGCUUCUCUGUUUCCGGAGAUGUCUGUCUUUGAUGAUUCGUUCGUUAUGGUCGGAGAUGAUGCAUCUGAGUCUGUUCCCGUCUCAGCCUCCUUAGACGACUCCAUCGAUGACGUGUUCGCGGCGCCGUCUUCUGACUACGCCGCUUACUCUAACGGAGACGACGUCUUCGGAUCUAACGGUGGAGGACACGACGGUCCUAUCUUGCCACCGCCGUCUGAAAUGGAGUCUGAUGAAGGAAAUGCUCUCAGAGAAUGGAGAAGACAAAAUGCAAAUCAACUUGAGGAGAAGGAGAAGAGAGAGAAGGAGAUGCGGAACCAAAUCAUUGAAGAAGCAAACCAAUUCAAAGAGGAUUUUCACAAGAAGAGAGAGUUAGCUUGUGAGAACAACAAAGCAGCUAACAGGGAGAAAGAGAAGCUUUACGUGGAGACACAAGAGAAGUUCUAUGCGGAAGCGAGCAAGAACUACUGGAAGGCAAUAGCGGAGCUAGUUCCUAAAGAGGUUCCAACUAUAGAGAAAAGAAGAGGGAAGAAAGAGCAAGAGGACGCUAAGAAGGCAACAGUCUCUGUGAUUCAAGGUCCAAAGCCUGGUAAGCCAACUGAUCUGGCAAGAAUGAGACAAAUAUUGUUGAAGCUCAAACAGAACCCACCUGCUCAUUUGAAACUCACUCCUCAACAACCUCCAGCAGAGGCUGCUGCUCCUCCAAAGAAUGUUCCUGAAACCAAACCCACCGAAGCGGUUGCUGCUGCUUAAAACACCCUUUUGUUUUUGUUAUUUUCAUUGCUGUUAUGAUGAUGUGAAUCACUCAUUUAUGUGUGUGUUAUUAUUGAGAAAUGGUUAAUAUAUGAUAUCAUUUGGUUAA